GUGUGUGUGUGUGUGUGUGUGUGUGCGUGUGUGUGUGUGUGUGUGUGUGUGUGUGUGUGUGUGUGUGUGUGUGUGUGUGUGUGUGUGCCUCGGACUCCCACUCAGUGAUGUAAAACGUGAAGGUGGAUUUUGGCGCGUGCAGGAGCAGGUGAAAGGAAAGGGCUUAUUCGUGAUGGUGCUCUGUAUGGACAAGAAGCUGUGCCAUGACAGAGGGCAACGCGGGUAAAAGAGACAUGCGACACCCAGCCCCGCAGCACUGCCACCUCAUCCUGGGUGGGGCCUUGGUGCUUCUCCUGGUCAGCACAGCCCUGAGCUGCCCCGCCCGAUGUGAGUGCUCCGCCCAAAGCAAGUCGGUUAGUUGCCACCGCAAGCGCCUGCCCACUAUCCCCGAAGGCAUCCCCAUUGAAACGCGCGUCCUGGACCUCAGCAAGAACAAACUACGCAUCGUCACUCCAGAUAACUUCUCUUCAUUCCAGCAGCUGGAGGACCUGGAUCUCAGUGACAACCUCAUCAGUGUGGUAGAGCCUGGCUCAUUUCGCUCUCAGCUUGCUCUACGUUCGCUAAGCUUCCGCAGUAACGUGCUUCAGCUGGUUCCUGCUGGUGUUCUAUCCGGCCUGACCAACCUCACCCGCCUUGACCUCAGCCACAACCGACUGGUGGUUCUCCUGGAUCAUGCCUUCCAAGAUCUGCGCAGGUUGACAUCCCUGGAGGUGGGUGAUAAUGAGCUAGUUUUCAUCUCUCAGCGGGCUUUUACAGGAUUACUUGGACUCCAAAUUCUGAUCCUGGAACGUUCCAACCUGACCGUGGUCCCUACUGAUGCCCUAGCACAUCUGCACAGCCUGGUCGAACUGCGCAUGCGCUACCUGAGCAUUAGUUUUUUAAAGCCUUUCUCCUUUAAGAGGUUGUCUCAUCUCCGCAGACUAGAGAUUGAUUACUGGCCCUGGCUGGACUCGCUACCCCCCCUCUCACUGCAUGGACUCAACCUCACAAUGUUGUUCAUAACCAACACAAACCUGUCUGCCUUCCCCGGCGCAGCGCUGCGUAACCUGCCCUACCUCACACAUCUCAACUUGUCUAACUGUCGCAUCCAGCACAUCCAUCAGGGAGAGCUGGGCCAACUCCCACAUCUGCUGGAGCUCCGCCUCCAAGGGGCUCAGCUGCUUUCUAUUGAGCCGUUUGCUUUUGUGGGCCUCAAAUCGUUGCAACUAUUGGAUGUGUCACAGAACCGCCUGGACUCUCUGGAGAGGGGAGUGUUUGCCUCACCAGAGAGCCUCCAGAGGCUUUGUCUGGGAGGAAACCCAUUAGUGUGCGACUGCAGAUUGCUUUGGCUGCUCAAUAGCCACAAGCCCCCCUCUCUGCAGAUUCUGGAUGUCCAGCCUGAAUGCACCGCCCCCGAGCACCUCCUUGGGAAAAACCUGCGUGACCUCAAGGAGCCUCUGGUGUCCAGGUACAUGACCUGCACUAAACCACGGAUUGGGCCCAACACGACCCAGUUGCUGAUGGCUGAUGAGGGUCAGCCUGCCCGCCUCAGCUGCAUGGCAGAGGGAGCGCCGCAGCCCUCUGUGGUCUGGAUUACACCUCACAGACGCUAUGUCACAGCCAAGAGCAUUGGUAGGGUGGAAGUCCAACCAGAUGGUACCCUGGAGAUCAAGGCAGCAGAGCUGCAUGACAGCGGGGUGUACUUGUGUAUUGCCAGUAACCCUGCUGGCAAUGCUAGUCUGUCAGCCUCUUUAGCUGUGAGGAGCCUGAGUAUUGGGGACAGAUCUCCCUACAGCAACAGGAGCUCAAACUAUUUGACAGACUCUAACAGCACAUGGGGGAAUGGGACAGUACUGUAUAACAUGACAGUCCCUAUAGACAUUAAGACUAUCAUUAUAUCUACAGCCAUGGGCUGCCUGUCCUUCCUAGGUGUUGUUGUGUUCUGCUUCCUGCUUCUGUUCGCCUGGAGCCGGGGGAAAGGACGCCAUAAGAGCAACUUUGAUAUUGAAUAUGUCCCUCGCAAAUCCAACGGGGCAGCAGCUGAGGUGACAGAAACAAGCGGCCCGAGACGGGUCAACAUGAAAAUGAUUUGAUCAUACGAUAACAACACAGUACACACAUAUCAGUUAAAAAAAUGUUUUUUCUAUAACACAGUGGAUUUGUGACAAACGACAUUGAUGUACUAUUAUAGUGGGUGUCAAUAUGACGGUGAUCUAGUGAAAAAGUGGACAUGUGAAUAUACAAAGUGAUACAUGAAACUGUGGACGUGUUUAUAUGAAAUAAUGUUCUCAUAAAGUACAUUGAAUAUACUAGUAUAACCAACAUAUCAAUAUGGGAGUGAUAUAGUGCUGCACUAGGCAUGUGUUUCAGUGGUGAUGUGAUGAGUAAUGAUGUUGUCGACUCACCGUGACAUCAAGGUGAAGGAAGGAGCCGCUGGGAGUGACAGGGGACAUCUUCGCGUGGCAGUAGAACUAUCAUCGCUGCAACAUGUCAGAACUAAAUUGUCUAAAACCCAUUUUAGCUGCAGUGUGAAAGGGGUGCGUGUUGUGUUCAUGUGUGCGCGCAUGUGUGUAUGCGUGAGUGCAUCGGUGUGCGCAUGUUGCAUUCGUGUGUUUCUUUGUGCAUGUGCACGCAUUGCCUUUCUUGUUGGACAGAACAAUGAAAAUGAAUGAAAGGGUCCAAAGCAUUUUUCCAGGCCUUUGUUCUUGUUGGGUCAUUGUAACAACAGUAUUGUCAAUGUUGAGUAAAACAAAGGAUUAUCUAUGUUUGUAUGCAAACUCACAAUGAUCAUAUUCAAGAGAAAUGCUGCAUAAAUUUUGAAAUAGGUCACUGUCCCCUCUGGAACGACUCCAACAGGGAUUUUUUUAAACUCAAGGAAAUGUUAGUGUGAAACCCAAGCUUUGUCUUUACUAUAGAGCUCACUUUGCACUGGACACGUUUCCUGAGAAAUAGCAGUAGUCAGUGGUGUUAUUACUCUGGAAAGGCUUCCAGCUAUAGAAAUGGCAUGUUAAACCCACUGUAUACAUCAUAAUAAAUCAUGGGCAGAUUUUCCUGCCACACAAAUCCCUUGAUAUAAUAUAAAAGAGACUGUGACCAGACACAAUGGCAAAGAUUUACCGUCUGGUGCCCUCUUUGGGACAAGACAAAGUUGAUCUUCACAGAUUUAUAGGUUGAAUUUCCCAAUUCCCCACCUCUUGCAUUUUUCUUUGAUCGCGCCACUCCAAGCUAGCGUGACGGGAUUCUUUCCUGGGGCACCAAGGGGUUCUGGGUAUUUAUUAGAUGGCAAUUUGAAAGUUGUAGUGGAAUCUUGUAUUGUUUAGUUUUUUCUUCUUUUUUUUGAAAAUGUUUUCAAUGUUUAUGGGGAAAAAAUUAAAUUAAGGGUUAAUUAUUUGUAUUGCAGGGACGUGGGUGUUAAACUUGUGAUCUUGUUGUGAUAAAAUGUCCAAGGUUGUAUAA